CGCCCCCGCCUCUAGAUCCGCUGCUGCUGCCGCGGCGGGCUCUCCUGCAGGAGGUAGCGGUGGCGGCGGCCGAGGCCGAGGGAAGAUGGCGGACGGUGUGGACCACAUAGACAUUUACGCGGAUGUGGGCGAAGAGUUCAACCAGGAAGCUGAAUAUGGUGGGCAUGAUCAGAUAGAUUUGUAUGAUGAUGUCAUCUCUCCAUCUGCAAAUAAUGGAGAUGCCCCAGAAGAUCGGGAUUACAUGGAUACUCUCCCACCAACUGUUGGUGAUGAUGUGGGUAAAGGAGCAGCACCAAAUGUUGUCUAUACAUAUACUGGAAAGAGAAUUGCAUUAUAUAUUGGAAAUCUAACAUGGUGGACAACAGAUGAAGACUUAACUGAAGCAGUUCAUUCUUUGGGAGUAAAUGAUAUUUUGGAGAUAAAAUUUUUUGAAAAUCGGGCAAAUGGCCAGUCAAAGGGGUUUGCCCUUGUUGGUGUUGGAUCUGAAGCAUCCUCAAAAAAAUUAAUGGAUCUUUUGCCUAAAAGAGAGCUUCAUGGUCAGAAUCCUGUUGUAACUCCAUGCAAUAAACAGUUCCUGAGUCAAUUUGAAAUGCAGUCCAGGAAAACUACACAGUCAGGACAAAUGUCUGGGGAAGGUAAAGCUGGUCCUCCGGGAGGCAGUUCACGUGCAGCCUUUCCACAAGGUGGUAGAGGACGGGCCCGUUUUCCAGGGGCUGUUCCUGGUGGGGACAGAUUUCCUGGGCCAGCAGGACCAGGAGGGCCACCUCCACCUUUUCCAGGAAAUUUGAUCAAGCAUCUUGUUAAAGGAACUCGGCCUUUGUUCCUGGAAACUAGGAUUCCAUGGCAUAUGGGGCACAGCAUAGAGGAAAUACCCAUUUUUGGCCUAAAAGCUGGACAGACUCCACCACGUCCACCCUUAGGUCCUCCAGGCCCACCCGGUCCACCAGGUCCUCCACCUCCUGGUCAGGUUCUGCCUCCUCCUCUAGCUGGGCCUCCUAAUCGAGGAGAUCGCCCUCCACCACCAGUUCUUUUUCCUGGACAACCUUUUGGGCAGCCUCCGUUGGGUCCGCUUCCUCCUGGUCCUCCACCUCCAGUUCCAGGCUACGGCCCCCCUCCUGGUCCACCACCUCCACAACAGGGACCACCUCCACCUCCAGGCCCCUUUCCACCUCGCCCACCUGGCCCUCUUGGGCCACCCCUUACACUCGCUCCUCCUCCGCAUCUUCCUGGACCACCUCCAGGUGCCCCACCACCAGCUCCUCAUGUGAACCCCGCUUUCUUUCCUCCACCAACUAACAGCGGCAUGCCUACAUCAGAUAGCCGGGGUCCACCACCAACGGAUCCAUAUGGCCGGCCUCCACCAUAUGAUAGGGGUGACUAUGGGCCUCCUGGAAGGGAAAUGGAUACUGCAAGAACACCAUUGAGUGAAGCUGAGUUUGAAGAAAUCAUGAAUAGAAAUAGGGCAAUCUCAAGCAGUGCUAUUUCAAGAGCUGUGUCUGAUGCCAGUGCUGGUGAUUAUGGGAGUGCUAUUGAGACAUUGGUAACUGCAAUUUCUUUAAUUAAACAAUCCAAAGUAUCUGCUGAUGAUCGUUGCAAAGUUCUUAUUAGCUCUUUGCAAGAUUGCCUUCAUGGAAUUGAAUCCAAGUCUUAUGGUUCUGGAUCAAGAAGACGUGAACGAUCAAGAGAAAGGGAUCAUAGUAGAUCACGAGAAAAGAGUCGGCGUCAUAAAUCCCGCAGUAGAGAUCGUCAUGAUGAUUAUUACAGAGAGAGAAGCAGAGAACGAGAGAGACACCGGGACCGGGACCGGGACCGCGAUCGAGAGCGUGACCGAGAGCGCGAGUAUCGUCAUCGUUAGAAG